GCGUGAAUCUUCAAUUAGGGUAACCAACUCCGCAAGCGCGAUACCCUUCCGUCGCCGAGGGCUUCUCCCAUCUUCCUCGCCUUCCUCUUUGACAAUCUCAGCCUUUUUAAAGCCUUUUUAAACAUGGGGCGUGAUAUUUAGCCUCCAGCGCUACCAUCCAAGUCACCCGCGAUUAACUUCACUCAAACGGCUUGACACGCGCAUCUAAACCAAUUGUUGAAACAUUGUAAAGAGGGUUAUCACGUGUAAAAUACUCUCCACAAAAAAAAACAUGUACCCCUGUUGUUGAGAGAUGCAAGCGAAGCAGAACGUGUACAAGUUCCACCAUGCAACCGGCUGUUCACUUUCAAGAGGAUGUCUUUUCUCUGCCUUUUUCAACUUUGUAGAAUUGAAGAGAUCACAGCAACCUUUGUGCCAGCGUGCUUUGUACGUUACGAUCGUAUUCUCUAAUUCAUCACCUUCAUCUAGCAAUGCAAGGUCUUUCUGUAUAGGCAUGCAAUCGAGGUCCCUGAACUUCACUAUAUUCCCAGCCAGGGUCUUGUGGACUGAUCCAACAUCACACGAGCGCUUGGAAAUCAGCAGGACACCGUUAAGACUCUACUUUGUUUCGCUGACAAAUGGCACGUUCAUUCCAGUCGGUCUUAGCAAUAGCAUCGGGUGUUGCCUGUUUAUCUCUGGAGCUACUGACACUUUUCAGCACUUCUUUACGAAUAAUUCAAGUUUCUGAUGUCAAGAUAAAGUACAAUAAUGUAUAUACUCAGUACAUCUUUUUACAUUGCAAUAUCUGAUUGGUACAAAUCGAGCUGACUAAAAGUAAAAUAGAAACAACACCAACAACAACAAGUACCCAGUAAUUUCGUUAACUUGAGCAAAUACUCAUUUCACUGUAUUUGAUUGUAUUUUUACAUCAGUUGACUCAAAAUCGAUUAACUCGAACCGUCUUCUCUAAGAGGGUUUUUGCUGACUAUCCACCGGUCCCUUUCGAGGAACGGAUGCACUUUUUCCUUCUAAACGACAAAGAAUUCUGUGGGCUCCAAGAUUUCCUCAAAAGAAAGGCAAAACACGAGAAAUAAAAUCGCGAAAUUCUAAAACUUAGCUUAUUUCACAGGUUGCAGUAAACAGAUUUGUCUUUCCUGCUUUUGACUUUAUUGCACAUAUUUUUUUCUUUUCCUUUUCUUUGCUUUUUACUUAUUAUCUGUAAUAUCUGAUUUGUAAUAGAAUUAAUUUGGCACGCCUCGACUAACGUUUUUGGCUAACUGCGUGCCAAGUAAUUGUGCAGGUAAUGUUAUGAUAAUAUUAAAAUGUCUUGUCUAUUGUCUAUUGUCUAAAAACAACUAGCCUGCGAAAACAUCCGUUUCUCCUCGCUCUGCGCCGCCGGGGACGUUUCGUUCCUCCGCGCGAAACGUCCCCAUCGGCGAAGAGCAAGGAGAAACGGAUGUUUUCGCAGGCUAAAAAACAACUUAAACCCAUUGGAAAGGCAGCAAGCCAGUUUUUUUUUCAAGUCUUUUUGUCCAUAUAUAUAUAAAAAAAUUGCCACUCAGAAAUACAAUUCAUAUCUUCGCGAUGCCAUGUAUCCUCUGUUUAUUUUUCUUCAUUGUUAUAACCACCGGCCUUUUUUUAAUUUUUUAGUUCGAGAUCGAUCGUUCAUCCCAGACAGGUGUGUGUGUGGGGGGGGGGAUAAUUUUUCAACUGGCUUGCAAGAAAUGUGAGGAUGGUCGAACUUGUUUUAGAUGCAGAAUAAGCAAAUGUGAGCAAAAUGAUGAAAAUUAUUCAUAUCUUGAUAACUUUAUUGACAGGUAAUUUGAGUCGUGAAAAAUGGCUAACACGCAACAUCCACCAGACGUCAACAUUACCCUACUCAAGACAAAGGACCUAAAGGGCAAGAGCAUAAGUUGGGAGAAUAUAGAGCUCCCGAGAGACUUUCUUCUGUUGACAGUGAAAGAAUGCGAGUUUUUAAGUUGCCUUUCACUCCUGAAAGGUGGAUUCACCAAGAGUUAUCGCCAAGACCUUGGAUAUGUGUACUUCGGGAAUAUUGGUGAAGAUGGAGAGACGAAGCAAAAAAUUGCCUUGAUGAAAUGUAAUGCAGGUUCGGCCAGCCCUGGAGGCUCCACUAUUGUUGCUCAAAAAGCCGUCGGUGCCUUAAGGCCUAAAGCUGUUAUCAGCGUGGGGUACUGUGCAAGUGUGAACCGCGGAAAAGCCAAACUAGGAGAUGUGGUAGUUUCAGCAAAGCUAACAACAUACGCACCUACCAAGCACACAGAUGAUGGUAUUGAGGAACUAGGCCACAGCGUUCCCCCAAAAAGGCAUCUUGCGGACCUCAUAAAAAGUGUUGAUGAAGGCUGGGAAGCACCUCUACAAAAUUCAGAUGAAUUAGACGUGAAGGUAGACCGCGACGGAGUAUUUCUAAGUGGGCCUGAGGAGGUCAAAAGCCAAGAACGGUGUGCACAACUCAGAAAGCGAUUCCCAAACGCUGUUGCAAUAGAAAUGCAAGGAGAAGGUAGUGGUGAAAUAAAACAACUUAAAAGCAAUCAUUUUUCGACCUUUAGCUCAUUUUACUAGCCUACAAAUAAAUCCGUCUCUGAGUCCUCGCUCCUCGCCGCUAGGGACGCUGCAGGUGCCAGGAGGGACGCAGGUUUUGAGUAGCACUUGCCGGAACCAGACUUAGAACUUUUGCGUUACUUUGUACUGGCAUCAUUUCUGGCGAAACGCCCCUUCAGUUCAGUUCAGUUGAGUUUAUUGUUUUUCCAUAAGUUGUACAAAAACAAGAAAAUCUAAUUAUUUAAAACGCCGAUGGCGUGGAAACCUAAAGGAAGUCACCGGCCUUAUAAGGAAUGGGCUACCUCAGUUAAGUUAUUAGAACAAAAUGUUAUCAUAAUUACUCUGACUAGCUCUGAGGAGCGAGGAGAGACGGCUGUUUUCGUACACUAGCAUUUCACACGAAACUGUCAUAAUGAUGCCCUUUCUGAUCGGCCUGUUGUUUUCUUUUCCUUACAUAUUUAGGCCUUUACGCAGCGGCGCACAGUCUUGACAUUGAGUGGAUUAUCAUAAAAGGCAUCUCUGAAUACGCAGACGGUAGCAGUACUCUAGCGGAUUCUUGGAGACAAUUUGCCAGUGUAAUGGCGGCUUCUUUGACUGCGCACAUGCUCAAUGAUUCCUGUGUUUUCCAGACAUGGAGUCAUUAUGGAGGUAAGGCUUGGAAAUCAUUCCUAGAGCUUUCAAAUUCCUCUCCCUGUUUUCUACUGUUUAGUUUUUACGGUCAGUAACAUACCAAAGAAUCGUGUUUAGGUAGAAGCACGCUGCCUCGUAGUGAAAAUGUUUCAUUAAGUAUCAUAAAAAAUUCUCCUUCUAUCCUUAUACUUCCCAUGAGACUCCAGGCACCUCAGGUACAUUCUCAGUUAGUUUCCAGAAGCAAACCUGACUUCUUUCCUCUGUUGUAGUUGUUGUCCCAGUCUCAUCUAGUGUGAAUCAAUGAAAUGUUACAAACAAUUGCAAAGUGACCUGAUGUCUUGGCGUUUUGGAUAUCAUAUUGAACCCGCCGCCUGAUCAUCUUCUUGAUAUACAAAUGAUUUGCUUCUUCAACAAAUCAAAACGAGUAGCUACACUUGCAAAAACGUUUUGGAUGUAAAAUGUGUAAAUGUGCAACUUUAUAAGUGAGUACAGUGUAAAAUAAUGCAACUAAAGUAGGUAAAACAGGAAGAAUGUUUCUCCACCAUAUUCAGGUCAAGGUCCACAGCCCCAAACUCAUGCACAGACCACAACAGUGGUACCAUCUAGAGAGCCCUUGGUUCCUGUGAGAAAGAAUGCUAAAGGUAAGGGUAGUGGCACUUUAGUAGUUCGGUUUUGUAUCGUUGCGCUUCUUUAUUGGAUGUAAAAUUUUGUGUCUCUUUCUUACCCCGUGUCGCUGUCACAGUGAUAUGGUCAUCCCUGCGUUUUGGGGAUCCCCUUCUCAAAACCCUAGUGAUAUGGGCAUCCCCUGUAACCAUAAACCAAAUCGCUAUAGGUAAUCUGAGAAGGGGAUGCCCAUAUCACUAGGUUUUGGGAACGGGAAUGCCCAUAUCACUGUAACAUCGCCACUUUAGAAAGGAGAAGGAAACUGGGCCGAGUUAAUUUUCGCAAAGACUUCUGGGGCUGUUACCAGGGAUGUGACCCCAAAUAAAAUAUUGUCUUGUCUUGUCUUGUCUUGUCUUGGCUAAUGAUCCCAGAAACUGCGGAACGCAUUUCAGCUCCAGCUCCUUUCUCAUUUCUUAAGUGGCGAAUAUAGAAGGAGAACGGACUCGCUCUUGACUUCAUUUGACUUGCUGUUCUGGGAAUCCUCGGCAAUUUCCUCCUUAUCCCAUGACAGUCUUUAUUGGAAUUAAAAACAUUAAUAAUCAACAAAAAUAGUGUGGCAAAUAAAUUGUUGUGAUGGUUAUUUAAAACAUGCAAUUCGGUCAUCGCUUACCACAUUCCACGCUGAGGGGAGAUAAGGCGUCCAAUUUAAGAUAAAGGUUGCUCAACAUUUCUGGGAUAACCGUAAUGCUAAAUGUACUUUGCGCCUUUGCCAUUUCAGUCAAGGCAGGCCCUCCCUCAGAUGACGAUUUAGAGGAGCUGUCACUCAAGAUUGCCGACAACUGGGAAAGGCUGGGGCGUCGACUGGGAUUUGACCGUGCAAGAAUAACCGCAUAUCAUAGAGAAAAUGAGAAAUUGUCAGAAAAAGCUUUUAACAUGCUUAUGGAUUGGAAGCAAAGCAAGGGCUCCGAUGGUACCUAUCAGGUUUUAUAUGACGCCCUGUGCCAUAAAUUUGUAAACUGUAAAGGUAUAGCGGAGAAAAUCUGCUGUUGUCAGUGAUUCUAACAUCAGUUUAGUUAAAGAUCUUCUUACCCAAUCUGAAAAACAAAAGAUAGAAAGAAUUUCCUAACAUGCUACGUGAAUUGUACGCGCUUUACAGGUAGAAUACUUGAUAUAUCAAACAAAUAGACAACAAUUUUUCACCUCUGAAUUCCAAGGAUUUUCUUGGCCAAUUCACUUACUGAGAACAAGCAGAACAUCAAUAAUAAUUGCCACAGAGUGAGUCAGUCCCAGGGUGUACUCAACAAAGUUUCAUACGGAGAGUCUCCGUCCCGAUGUCCAACCAUUAACUCUUUUAUAUACCGUUUUUGUCAAAAAAGGUAUCCCUUUCGUAUACCUUUUAUUAUAAACAAAUGGUACCCCUUUCACGUAGCUUGUUUAGAACUUUGCAUCCCUUUUAACUACUGUUAAUGCACUGUCUUUAACAUUCAAUUAAAUCACAAGAACCAGAACGUUUUCUCGACAUAUUUUACAGUCUUAAAAUGCGUGUUAGCUUUUUUGGGACUUUUUACAGACCGAAAUGACAGAUUUUCCUACCCUUUCAUAUCCUACUCCAACUAGUGAAAAAAGGUGCCCCUUUCUGGGGUAGCCUCCCCUUAAAGGCCAUCAUAGGGAGUACCCCCCCGGGGAUUCAGCUCGCACUUUCAGUCUCGGUUUUAUUUGCUAGUCAUCCCAGCUUUACUUUACGUUAAGAAAAUAAUCAUAACCUGAGUGUUUGUUAAGAAGAUGACAUAAUAAUACGUUCAUAUUCAUAUAAGCUUCGAGGUUUCAUUUGCACGGCCUGUUAAAGAAGUGUUUAAAACCCAGUUAAGUUUGUAGUAAAUAUAAAAAAUAAAUAGACUUUUUCUUUCACUAAAAGGUCUUGCGAACCUAAUUAAAAAAGUUGUAAAUUAAUUAAGGCAUACUCUACAGACUCAAGUGAGGAUAAAGCUCUCUUGACAGACCAUAAACUUACUUGAUCUAAGUGCCUAGAACCAUCUGUGAUUGAACCAGUAAUAACGUCAAACCUGCAUUUUCAUGAUAGUGCCAUGCAGGCAUCGACGAGUCGUCAAAGCGCCUAUAGGACACAAAACAUUAACUUACGGCAGGUCCUUCAUGAAAGAAUACAGUUUUAUAUUACUACUAGAUAGCUACUAUAUUUGUUCUUUACAAGCCCUUAACGUAUUUAAAUCUUGUAACUUCUGUAGGUUUCGUCUUGCAAAAGUGAUAUACAGUAAACACCCGCAUAUAUAAGAACAUGUGAUUUCGGGUUUCAGGCUGAUCAAGUUCUUAUUUAUCUGGUGCUUAGUGAGAAAUCAGUCUGAAGAUGUUCUUAAUAUGUCCUUAAACUUUGUUUCAUAAUUAUAAAAUUAUAAUAAAUUCAGAUAGUCUAUUACAUUUAUUUGACGUUUAUAUCCUUCAGCUAGUUGCAGCAUAACAUGAUCCUCUAAAACAUAAAAAGACACCCGGGCAACUGUUGUAGUUCUGUAAUUUUCUAGUAGCAACCAUUAUAGUUACAUUGCUUUCUUGUUCCAACAGCCUCCCCCUCAUUAUAUAAGAACACGUUUUAUUUGCCAGGCUGAACUGGUGCUUAUAUAUAUGGUGCUUUAUGGGCCAAAUUUCAGCCUGAUGUUCUUAAUCCAUUUGUUCUU